GAUUUUGAUCUGCACUCUUUUCCCCUUCUCUCUCUCUGUUUUAAAAAGGGUAAAUAGAUUUCUCCUCCAUUCACAAACUCGCCAGCUUUAACACACAUCCCACGGCAAAGAAGAUGAUGCUGAAUAUCUCAUAAACUAGGCUUCUCCACAAGCUAUCUAUCUUACACGUUUCAUUCGCACCGACAACAAUCUCAGGAAGUCUUGCAUCUGAUUAACCAAUUGUAGCCAGCAGAUCUCUCCAGAUUCAUUCUAUAUCUAUCAAAAUAAUGGCGAUCAAGUCUGAUAACAAAACAAGAAGCUCCGUUCAGAUCUUAAUCGUCUUCAGCCUCUGCUGCUUCUUCUACAUCCUCGGAGCGUGGCAACGUAGCGGGUUCGGCAAAGGAGACAGCAUAGCCCUCGAGAUGACCAACAGCGCCAGCGCAGCCGACUGCAACAUCGUCCCGAGCCUAAACUUCGAGACUCACCACGCAGGAGAAUCAAGCAUCUCCUCAGCGAAGGUCAAAGCCUUCGAGCCUUGCGCGGCGCGUUACACCGACUACACGCCCUGCCACGACCAGAAGCGCGCGAUGACGUUCCCUAGAGAGAGCAUGAUCUACCGCGAGAGGCAUUGUGUACCCGAGAACGAGAAGCUUCGCUGCCUUGUGCCUGCGCCUAAGGGAUAUGUUACGCCUUUCUCUUGGCCUAAGAGUAGAGAUUAUGUUCCUUAUGCUAACGCGCCGUAUAAGGCCUUGACUGUUGAGAAGGCGAUUCAGAACUGGAUUCAGUAUGAAGGCGAGGUGUUUAGGUUCCCUGGAGGUGGGACUCAGUUCCCUCAGGGCGCUGAUAAGUAUAUUGACCAGCUUGCUUCGGUUAUACCGAUGGAGAAUGGGACUGUUAGGACUGCUUUGGACACUGGUUGUGGGGUUGCGAGUUGGGGAGCGUACUUGUGGAGUAGGAAUGUGCGUGCAAUGUCUUUUGCACCGAGAGAUUCACACGAGGCUCAGGUUCAGUUUGCGUUAGAGAGAGGUGUUCCAGCUGUUAUUGGUGUUCUUGGCUCCAUAAAGUUGCCGUACCCAACACGGGCUUUCGACAUGGCUCACUGCUCAAGGUGUUUGAUUCCAUGGGGAGCUAAUGAUGGGAUGUACUUGAUGGAAGUUGACCGUGUGCUCAGACCCGGCGGCUACUGGAUCCUAUCCGGUCCCCCAAUCAACUGGAAAAUCAACUACAAGGCUUGGCAACGUCCCAGGGAGGAUCUCGAAGAGGAGCAAAGAAAGAUCGAGGAAGCCGCCAAGCUUCUCUGUUGGGAGAAGAAGUACGAACACGGCGAGAUCGCCAUCUGGCAGAAGAGAGUCAACGACGAGGCGUGCCGCUCAAGACAAGACGACCCUAGAGCCAACUUCUGCAAAACCGAUGACGUCGAUGACGUCUGGUACAAGAAAAUGGAGGCGUGCAUUACGCCUUACCCUGAGACAAGCAGCUCGGACGAAGUGGCUGGAGGUGAGCUUCAGGUUUUCCCUGAUAGGCUCAACGCGGUGCCUCCUAGGAUCUCUAGCGGUUCGGUCUCUGGCGUCACGGCUGAUGCUUAUGAGGAUGAUAACAGACAGUGGAAGAAACAUGUGAAGGCUUAUAAGAGAAUCAACGGUUUGCUUGACACGGGGAGGUACCGUAACAUUAUGGAUAUGAACGCAGGGUUUGGUGGGUUUGCUGCUGCUAUCGAAUCGCAGAAGCUUUGGGUUAUGAAUGUUGUCCCGACCAUUGCUGAGAAGAAUAGGCUUGGUGUUGUGUAUGAACGUGGACUCAUUGGAAUCUACCAUGACUGGUGCGAGGCUUUCUCUACGUAUCCAAGGACGUAUGAUUUGAUCCAUGCGAACCACCUCUUUAGUCUUUACAAGAACAAGUGCAAUGCGGAUGACAUUCUCCUGGAGAUGGAUAGGAUUCUCCGUCCAGAAGGAGCGGUUAUAAUCCGGGACGAUGUUGAUACAUUGAUCAAGGUGAAGAGGAUUAUAUCUGGAAUGAGAUGGGACUCGAAGCUGGUUGAUCAUGAGGAUGGUCCUUUAGUUAAUGAGAAGGUUUUGAUUGCUGUGAAGCAGUACUGGGUCACCAACUCCACUGCGUCUCAUUGAAGUAUCUUUACUCAUGGUGUGAGCUGACAUUUUGAUCUUAUGAUAGAGCUUUCGAGCUACACUUCUCGUCUUUGUUACACUUUUCUUAAGUAUUCUCUAUUUAUUAAUGUAAUAGUUUAUAUUUGUUUCCCAAUCCAAAAACUUGGAACUGGUGUAUUAUCAUUGAAUUCUCAACUUUAUCAUCACCGAGUUAUGCUCUAAGAACUUUAAAA